AUGGCUCGCUGCCAACUUGCCGUCGUCCAGCUUGCGUCGCGCGCCACGCCUCCUCUCUCGGCUUCAAUCCGAAAUUUCGCGUCGCGCACACCCCCUCUCGAAUUCGAAGAAUCACAUCAACUUGUAUGCAGAACGGAAACGGCUGCGGAUGCGGACGAGUUCGAGAGCCGUCCAGCACCAAGCAUAGAAUGGUUUGACAAUACUGGCAAACUCAUCAAAGAAUCAGCGAAGUACAAGAUUGAAAACAGUACAUAUAACACGGUACUUACAAUCAACGAUAUCUCCACGCAAGACCGAGGCGAAUACAAGCUGCGAGUAAACAAUCGCUGCGGAGAAGACAAUUUCUGCAUUGCCAUACAGACUACCGAAAGGCCAGGUCCUCCCGGGAAGCCUUCGGUGCAGGAUCAGAAUGUCGAUUCAGUGCGUCUGCUUUGGUCAGCACCGACACAAGAUGGCGGUUCACCCGUACGAUACUAUACGGUGGAAAUGUGUACCGCCUCUGAAGGUACUUGGGUAAUGAAAGAAGUUACCAAGCAGCCAUUCAUUACGCUGUUCAAUCUAAAGCCUGAGGAGACCUACGUGUUCCGAGUGAGAGCCGACAAUGCAUUUGGACAGUCUGAACCUUCGGAGGAAUCGGAAGCUGUUUUCGUCAAGGAUGUGUCAAGAGAAGUCGAAGAACCCGUGAAGAGGCCAUUCGAAGAGGAGGAACCGGAAGAGAUCGACUACGACAGACUGGAUGCAAAAGUUGCUCAUGAUGACAAGAACGUUGUGAUCGACAUUAAUCAUCUGCCAAAUGACCUACAAGCUAAGUAUAUUAUUUGUGAAGAACUCGGACAAGGCGCUUACGGCACUGUUUACCGAGCCGUGGAGAAAGCUACCGGCAAAACGUGGGCGGCUAAAAUGAUACAGGUUCGUCCCGGCGUGAAAAGAGAUGACGUCCUCCACGAAAUUUCGAUGAUGAGUCAAUUGAAUCAUGACAAGUUGUUGCACUUGCAUGAAGCCUUCGAUCUGGGCAAUGAAAUGUGUCUCAUAGAAGAGUUUGUGUCCGGAGGAGAGCUCUUCGACAAAAUUCUGGAAAAUGAUUCGCUAAUGAGCGAGGAGGAAGUACGAGACUACAUGCAUCAAAUUCUGCUAGGACUUCAGCAUAUGCACAAGAAUCAGAUUGUUCACUUGGAUUUGAAACCGGAAAACAUUCUGUUGAAGUCUAAAAAAUCAACUGACUUGAAAAUCAUUGACUUUGGACUUGCAAGAAAGCUUGAUCCCACAAAGUCAGUUAAGCUGCUCUUUGGGACGCCAGAAUUCUGCGCUCCAGAGGUGGUCAACUAUCAACCUGUUGGUCUCAGCACAGAUAUGUGGACUGUAGGAGUCAUCGGCUAUGUCUUGCUGUCGGGGUUAUCGCCAUUCCUUGGGGAUACAGAUGAAGAUACCUUGACGAACGUUUCCGUAGGUGAUUGGGACUUCGAUGAUCCAUCAUGGGAUGAUGUCUCCGAUGAAGCAAAGGACUUCAUUUGUCGACUUAUGGUGAAAGAUAAACGGCGACGUAUGACAGUAGAAGAGGCACUCCAUCAUCCUUGGAUGACUGGUCCACUCCUCAAUGCAUUUAAUGAUCUGUCGGAGUAUAUCAAGAAGAUGCAACAAUCACCGUCUGAUCGUGGUCCACUACCUCCACGGCAAAAGAAGAAUUUUAUGGCGUUGAAACGGUGGUCUGAUGACUUGCUACCAAUCGGUCGCCUUGCCAAGCGUGGAGCCAUCUUUAGGCGGCUCACCAUGGAUGGCGUUUUCGAAAGAAACAUCACUUUCGAGGCAGAAUGUGCACCCUCGGUAAAGAAGCAACUGGAAGACAUCGUCGCAAACAUAGGCGAUCUGAUCGCUACGUUGUCUUGCGAUAUCGGAGGAGUCCCCGAGCCACACAUCACUUGGUUCAAAGACAGCAAAGAACUCGUCACUCCUUCUUUCAAGUACGAUUCGCGCUAUAAUGAUGGCCUGGCCGAACUGACUGUGAAGAACGUCGAAGAGUCGGAUGCGGGACAGUACAGCUGUCUUGCUACCAACGACUUGGGAUCUACAAGUACUCGAGCCUUGUUAAGGAUAGCUUCGCGAGAAACAGAGUUGUUGCUUCAAGACUUGGAAAGAGAACGAACCAUAAAGAUUACUGCACCUGAAGAUACACCUACCGGAUCAGAUCCUCCACUUUUCCAUCACCCACUGAAUGACUGCUCAGCAAAACUCUGUGAGCAGAAGAUCCUCUGCGUUACAAACACCACUCUUCCCGAACCGGAGGUGGAGUGGUAUCAUAACGGGGAGCUGAUCAACAGGAAUAACUACAACUACCUACAAAAACACGACAAGGGACGUUACGAGUUGACCAUACUCAAAGCGGACAGACACGAUGAGGGUGAAUGGAGAGUGAUUGGUAAGAAUAUUUAUGGACAAUGCGAGAGUACCUGUCAUCUGACGGUAGAGAUUCCUGAUGGCUAUUUCCCGCCUUCCUUUGAUCGUCCUCUGAGUGAUUUCCGCUGUAAGGAGGGAGAAAUGGUUACACUGACUGUCAGAAUCAGCGCUGAUCCAGCUCCUUUGAUUACAUGGUAUCUCGACGACAUUGAAAUCUUCCAUUCGAAACACCGACGAAUCCAAUUUGACGUAGAAGGGGGAGAGUACUCAUUAACAAUUGUAGACGCUAGUUUGAGAGAUGCUGGAGAAUACAGAUGUGUUGCCAAGAACAUGAUAGGAGAUGCAGAAUCUGUAUGCUCUGCCAACAUUACGAAUCGUAAAUUCGGACAACAAAAGAAGGCCGAUAGGUUGAAAGCGCCAAGGUUCCAAAUGCCAUUAGCAAACCCGCGACAGAUACCCGAAGGUGCUGAAUUGGUCUUAACUUGCGUAGUGACCGGUAUACCCGAACCAGUUAUCACUUGGUACAAGGAUGACGAAAAACUCUUCGGCGUUGACAUAAGAUACGAAAAUGGUUUAUGCACAUUAACAAUUCCUAAUGUCUCGAUUGCAAUGGCUGGGUGUUACACUUGCCAGGCAGAGAACAUCCAUGGCAUGGGAAGAUCCUCAAGCAUUGUUGAAGUCACACCGUCACCUGUGAGGAAAUACUCAGCUCCCAAGUUUUUCGAGACCCUAGCAAAUCGAUCGAUCUUUGAAAACGAAGAAAUCACUCUGGAAUGCUCUGUUUCAGGGAAACCGACGCCAACAAUUACAUGGUACAAAGACGGUCUGAAGCUUAUGCUUGAAAGCCGGAUGCUACAAUAUACCGAUCGCAAAGGAAACACACGACUUAAUAUCAUGAAAGCAAAAGUUCGUGAUUCUGGCGAGUACACUUGUGAAGCCACAAAUGUCUUGGGCAAGGACUUCACGCAUUGUAACGUCCAAGUGAAUGGCCUUUUGCUGUUCCGAACAGCUCCAUCCACUUCGACUUGCCCAAGUCGCAGCCCUUCGCCUGCGUUCGCCCUCAAUGAGCCUCACCCGCCGAUCAUUACUCGUCCUAUAACUGGAGCUACAGUGAACAUUGGGUGCCGAGAGCUAUUAGAAUUGGAAGUGGAUGGUAAUCCCACACCAACAGUAGAAUGGUACCAUGAUGGAAAACUUGUUGCCCAAAGUCGAACACUUCGAACUUACUUUGAUGGACGAGUCGCAUUUCUUAAAAUAUACCGGGCACAAAUGGAACAUGCUGGACUUUAUGUGUGCAAGGUCUCCAAUAGGUUGGGAACUGUGGAAGCAAGUGCCUAUCUGAGAGUCGAAGACGAAUUUUCUGCCCAUGUUUCUAACAUGCCACAAUUUAUACGAAAGCUCGAAGAUGUCACUGUUGAGGAGAGCGGCCAACCUGCAUCCUUGAGCUGUUGGGUAUCUGGGGAUCCACAGCCGUCUGUAUGUUGGCUUCACAACGGUCGUGCCAUUCGCAGUGACUCAACGUUCCAUAUCCACGAAAACAGCGUUGGCCAUGCGAGUCUGAACAUUGCUGCCGUGACAGAGCAAUGCUGUGGAAUCUACACAGCCGUUGCUUCGAAUGCAUUUGGAGAUGCUCACUCUUCUGCUACUGUUAGUCUGGCGCAAGAGAAAAAUGAGCCCGAACCGCCCAUCUCCAUUAUAAUUGAUCCUUGCCAACCUGAUGGUGCUGAUGAAAUUUCUGGUGUGUCCUUAUGA